AGACAGUACGCCCGUCACCAUCGCUAGAGUUGGCUCCCCCCCUUCGUAACCAGUCAGUCUCCCUGUGACAGCGAAUCCCGUUGGACAUUGCUUAUACCUGUAGUCGUCGUCAUUAGUGUCAUUCACACAAGUAUAAUCAACAAGAGUUAUGGGAUUACGUAUAUUAUAAGAUGAUACAUACCAGUGCUGGCAGUAAGAGAAGACCCAGGAUGUGACGUCUUAUUCCCACACCAAGACUCAACCCGUCUCCCCUUUACCACCACGGCUACCGACACUCGCGAAUGACCCCUCCCGACCUGGUUAUUUAGUCGUGGGUGACGUAAAGAUGAUCCGAGGUCAUCAGGUUCUGCUCCUGGGGAUGACGUUCACCUGGAUGGCACUACUGUUAUUCCUGAAGGACUGGAGGUUUGGUCUGCCAGCUACGAGGAACCAACCUAAUGUCGGGGCCCUGGGGAAGAGGAGUCUGACUAAGGUCCUUCCCUGUCAGUCAGGCGUGGAUACCUCAACCCCAAAGCCCUCGAGGACGGAGGCAGUAACGGCAGUGGUGCCCCGGGUGUGGGAGACAUACCCUGGAUUAAACUGGCGAGGACUACAGCUGCCCAUACUCUCAGCUCAGCCCAUGGGUCGUCUAGGUAACGUGAUGGGACAGUACGCAACCUUGCUCGCUCUGGGACACGCCUACAAUGCCACCGUCCGCCUCAGCCCUGACAUGAAGCGCUACUUGGGCAAGAUCUUCCCCAACCUUACCAUGCCACUUGUGCCUGGGAAGUUCUCGCGGCAGGACUGGGUGCCGCUACGGAGUCUCAGUAUAUGGAACUACGCCAAGAGCGAGAUGGCCGCAGCCGGUCUGCUGGGUCCUCGACUCUUCCUCCUGACAGACUGGCCAUUUGAGACUCAGCUCUUUGACACCUACAGACAGGAGGUCGUGAAAGAGUUCAAAUUCGCGCCUCACAUCAAGGAAGAGGCUGAGAACUUCUUGAGAGGUAUUGUGAUGAAGGAACAAGACAAGGACCCCACUCCCCCUGUGCUGGUCGGGGUGCACGUACGACGCACUGAUUACGUAGAAUUUAUUAAGAAGUAUGAGGGUAAGGUGCCGGGAGAAGUGUACUUUAGGAGGGCGCUACAGUACUACCGUCACAAGUACCCACGGGUAGUCUUCAUUGUGGCUUCAGAUGACCGCAAAUUUAUCACAGAGAAGUUCAGUCAUUACCCCGACAUUAUCUUCUCUUUAGGCACCACCCGGCAAGCGGAUAUGGCCACCUUAGCGUCGUGCAACCACAGUAUCAUUACAGUGGGAAGCUACGGCUUCUGGACCGGGUACCUCACUGGCGGGGAGGUUGUGUACCCCAACAUCACCUUUGGAAAACUCUAUACCUUCAGCCGUGAAUGGUACAAGAUGUCAAGACUCAAGAAUUUCACACCUAUAUCUACGGAUUAAACCCUUAUCUAACUCUAUCUGCAGGUUGAAGAGGAUUAAGCUAGCAAAAAUUGUAAGAGAAUUGGGAAGACAGACAGAAGAUCAGGUCAUCUCUAUCUGUGAGUGAUAAACCAUGACUAUACAUAAACUGAAAAGAGAACUGCUCAAAAGUCUGAAGUCAUUCUGCAUCAUAAUAACAAAAUAAGAUGAACCUGCACAAGUAACACACAGUUAAUUAACAAAAAAGCUAGACAAAAACAGUAUAAAAUUGCAGUUCAAUAGACGUAUCCUAUAACAGUCACAUUCCUGUUACGCACUGUUGGCAAGUACUGGGCAUGCACUGUGCAGCACCAUUUGUUCUUUCAGCAAGAUUGGGCACCACCACACUGGGGCUUAAAAGUUGCACGAUUUCCUCAAUGAAAACUUCCCUACUCAUUGGAUCGGGCGUGGUGGUCCUAUUCCAUGGCCUCCUCGUUCCCCGGAAAUUACGACUAGUAUCAACACCUGUAUCCCUAGUAUUGUUUACUAAUAAGUACAUUACACAAAUACCUGCUAACAGUCUUGUGAUGAGUUUAUGAGUGAUUUUGAGAACUAUAAAGUAUUUGUACAAUUGAUGAUAAUAAUUUGAAGUGCUGUAUAAUAUUACCAAUUAGCUGUAGUAAAUUCUACUGAACAGUGCUCCUGUUAAAUUGACAUACUUUACAUAUUUUUCUAACUACAGGUACUGUAUAAAGUAAGGCUAUGGUCUUCGCAUUUUUGCCAGUGUUAAUGUAAUUUUUAACAAAUCUUGAGUGAAUCCCAGGGAGUGGUUGUGUUGUGUGUUCUGUGAAUGUGUUAAUAUCCCCACUUCAUUUGCAAUAAAUACUCUUUAUAUAUAUUG